GAGGGUAAAAAAUGAUCCUCUAAGACACUCUACCCUAUGUCCUCUCAUUUUUCAACUACUCGUCCGUAUACAAAUCUCUCAAGUGUGAGAGAGAGAGGAAUCAAAGCAACGGAGGCAUAAUUGGGGAGAGAGAGAGGGAGGGAGAGGGAGCUGAACAAUGGGGUCUGGGAUUUGCGUAGGGUUGUUCUUGGUUAUUUUCAGUUUCGCUUUGACCGGUUCAGUUUUUGCUUCUGAAAGUGAAGAGACCCAAUCGAAGGAGUUCGUACUCACUUUAGAUCAUUCCAAUUUCUCUGAAACUGUUAAGCAGCACAACUUCGUUGUGGUCGAGUUCUACGCUCCAUGGUGUGGUCACUGCAAGAAACUUGCUCCCGAGUAUGAGAAAGCUGCAUCUACAUUGAGUGGUCAUGAUCCUCCUGUUAUUCUGGCAAAGGUAGAUGCCAAUGAAGAGAAAAACAAAGUUCUUGCAAGUGAAUAUGAGGUUCAAGGUUUCCCCACCCUUAAGAUCUUCAGAAAUGGAGGGAAGAAUAUUCAAGAUUACAAAGGUCCUCGUGAUGCGGAUGGUAUUGUUUCUUACUUGAAAAAACAAAGUGGUCCUGCAUCCGUUGAGUUAAAAUCUGCUGAAGAUGCUAAUGGCCUUGUUGAUGACAAAAAGAUUGUUGUUGUGGGAAUAUUCCCAGCAUUAUCCGGUGAGAAGUUUGAGAAUUUUACCGCUCUUGCUGAGAAAUUGCGUUCCGACUAUGAGUUUGGUCAUACAUUGGAUGCAAAACUUCUGCCACGAGGGGAUUCGUCUGUGUCUGGGCCUAUUGUUAGGCUGUUCAAGCCAUUUGAUGAGCUCUUUGUAGACUUUCAGGAUUUUGAUGUUGAUGCUUUAGAGAAGUUUGUUGAAGAAGGAAGUAUUCCAAUUGUUACUCUCUUUAACAAUGACCCUAGCAACCAUCCUUUCGUUGUCAAAUUCUUUGACAGUCCUAAUGCAAAGGCCAUGUUGUUUUUAAACUUCAGCAGUGAGCUUGGUGAUGCUUUCAAAUCAAAGUAUCAUGAAGUUGCUGAGCAGGACAAAGGAAAGGGCUUAAGUUUUCUGAUGGGUGAUGUUGAGGCUAGUCAAGGUGCUUUCCAGUAUUUUGGACUUAAAGACGACCAGGUGCCUCUCAUCAUCAUCCAGACCAAUGACGGACAGAAGUAUCUCAAACCAAAUCUAGAGCCCGACCAUAUUGCAUCUUGGGUGAAAGAGUACAAGGAUGGCAAAGUUCCACCAUACAAGAAGUCUGAGCCUGUACCUGAGAACAACACAGAACCUGUUAAGGUGGUUGUUGCUGACAGCCUUCAGGACAUGGUUUUCAGUUCUGGGAAAAAUGUGCUAUUAGAGUUUUAUGCUCCCUGGUGUGGACACUGCAAGAAGUUGGCUCCAAUUUUGGAUGAAGUUGCUGUUUCUUUCGAAAAUGAUGGUGAUGUCUUGAUUGCAAAGAUUGAUGCUACGGCGAAUGAUAUUACAAAUGAAGCCUUUGACGUCAAAGGUUAUCCAACUGUGUACUUCAAGUCAGCAAGCGGAAAUCUGUUGCAGUAUGAGGGGGACAGGACCAAGGAAGACAUCAUUGAUUUUAUUCAGAAGAAUCGGGACAAUACUGCCCAGCAAGAACCGAAGAAAGACGAGCUUUAAUGAAGGGAGGACCAGCGUGUAUCCUUGAAGAUGAUGCAGAUGUGACCACAAAAGGAUUACCUAUAGGCUUUUACUUUAAGCUUGUCCUCAAUUUCCUUUCUGUUUUUAGUUUUACAUAAAAUUUUACUGCCGUAAUAAAGUGGGAAGUCGUUUUGGAAUAUGUAGCUGCAAUAAAUUUCAGUUGUGGGGGUAGCUUAGUUCAAAAUUUAACAAUUUUGUGGCUAUAAAAUGUCUCCUAAUGUAUUAGUUUAUAAAGCUUCUAGGAGAGGUGAUAUUCCAAUCUCUCUCUCUCUCUCUCUCUCUCUCUCU